UUUCAAUAUAAAGCCUUCAAUCAUCCGUUUGUCUAGUUUAAGUAAAGAUUGCCUAAACAUAGAGUAAACAUUCCCAACACAAUCAAACUUUCGGUUCCUCAACGUGUUCUUGAUCAAAGGUUUUUUGCGAAGGUUGUGAAAUGGGGAAGAAGAAAUAUUUGGAUUGGACAAGCCGGUCAAUUAUGUUCACCGGAGGAGUUUCCUUCGUGAAGAAAAAUGGUUUAUUGAAAUCUUGUGAAAUGGGGAAGAACAAGCAUUUGGAUUGGACAAGCCGAUCGAUCAUCUCUUCCGGAGGUGACAGAGUUCCUCUAAUCAGAAAAAAUGUCAAGAGAAAUGAGAAUGAAGUCGGGUCAUCAAAUGGUCCAGCAACGGACCUCGAGUACGGAGACGCAAUACAGGCAGCAAAUGUUGGAUUUUCCAGAGUUCUACUUUUGGCAAAACCUGAUGCAGGGAGGCUCAUUAUUGCAACAAUUGCUCUACUAAUAGCUUCAACCUCGAGCCUGCUUAUACCAUCUUUUGGUGGGAGGAUUAUCGACAUUGUAUCAAGAGAUAUAAAGACACCCGAAGAGCAAACUGAAGCUCUGAAUGCUGUUAAGGACACUAUACUAGCCGUUGUGUUGGUGGUUGUUGUCGGUUCAUUCUCAACAGCGCUCCGGGCAUGGUUGUUUUCUUCCGCUAGUGAACGGGUUGUUGCUCGUUUGAGAAAGGAUUUGUUCAGCCACCUUAUGCAACAAGAAAUAGCUUUCUAUGAUGUUACUAGAACAGGAGAAUUACUCACAUUUAUUGGUCUUGGCUUCAUGUUCUCUUCUUCAUGGAAGCUAACAUUGUUGGCUUUGGUUGUUGUGCCAAUAAUAUCGGUAGCUGUGCGCUACUUUGGAAGGUACCUUCGAGAACUCUCACAUGCAACACAAGCAGCAGCUGCAGUUGCUGCCUCAAUUGCCGAGGAAUCUUUUGGAGCCAUUCGAACAGUGAGAUCUUUUGCACAAGAAUCUUACGCGAUUUCAACCUACUCUGAAAAAGUUGACGAGACUUUAAACCUUGGCCUCCGACAAGCAAAAGUCACGGGUAUAUUUUCUGGUGGUAUGAGUGGAGCAUCAACAUUGUCAGUGAUCACAGUGGUGAUAUAUGGAGCUUACUUGACUAUUACACGCGCGAUGACAGCUGGCUCGCUUACAUCAUUCAUUCUCUACAGCCUCACAGUUGGGUCUUCGAUAUCUUCAUUAUCAGGAUUAUAUACAACUGCCAUGAAAGCUGCUGGAGCAAGCAGGAGAGUUUUUCAGCUUCUAGAUCGUGUGUCCAGCUUGGCCACACCCGGGACCCAAUGCCCCAUUGGUGAUCCAGAUGGAGAUGUUGAACUAGAUGAUGUUUGGUUUGCUUAUCCUUCUCGACCCAAUCAUAUGGUACUUAAGGGGAUAACACUAAAAUUGAGACCGGGUUCGAAAGUAGCCUUGGUGGGUCCCAGUGGUGGUGGAAAGACCACCAUCGCGAAUUUGAUCGAAAGGUUUUACGAUCCAUCAAACGGAAAGGUUUUGCUAAACGGGGUUCCAUUACCCGAAAUAUCACACGAAUUUCUACACAAAAAGGUGAGUAUAGUGAGCCAGGAGCCUGUUCUAUUCAACUGUUCUAUAGAAGAUAACAUUGCUUACGGAUUCGAUGGAAAAGCCACCAGUUCUGAAAUCGAAAACGUUGCUAAAAUGGCGAAUGCCCAUGAUUUUGUGUCGUCGUUUCCGGAGAAAUACCAAACGGUGGUUGGAGAACGUGGAUUACGGUUGUCGGGAGGUCAAAAACAACGAAUUGCAAUCGCUAGAGCGCUCUUGAUGAACCCUAGAGUUUUGCUAUUGGAUGAAGCCACAAGCGCGUUAGAUGCGGAAAGUGAAUAUCUCGUUCAGGAUGCGAUGGACUCGUUAAUGCAAGGAAGGACGGUGUUAGUGAUAGCUCACCGGCUGUCGACGGUGAAAAGCGCCGACACGGUGGCGGUGAUUUCCGAUGGGCAGAUUGCAGAAAGUGGGACCCACGAAGAGCUUCUUAACAUGAAUGGGAUUUACACUGCACUUGUAAGGCGGCAAUUGCAAGUUACCCAAAAUGGAGAAGUGUAAUUUUUGACUAUUGGAGGGUUAGUGAAAAUUGACCUUUUUAACCCAUUGCAAUAGUAAAAACUAAAAAGUAAAAUCCACAAGCGAUUGAUAUAUUUUUGGAUGCAAUUGAGAGCUCGGAGAAAAUGUUAACCGAGGAGUCGAUAAUCUCUUGUUUCCAAAGAUUGUAUGUAUUGUUUAGAACAACAUUUGUAUCCAAGGGGUUUUGUAUAAUAUAGAGUCGAUUGGCCAUAGUUUGAAGUUAGAU